GUGUGAGAGGAGCCGAGUCUUGUUUACAGCGGUGGUUCCACGGAGCGAGAGACCGACAUAGGAGGCUGAAGCAGGCUGGACGGAUCACAGCGGCUCGGAACUACAGAGACCCAGUCUAGGAAAUCUAGCCAGUCAAAAAGUUUCAAUAUUUGGAACGCAAAAUCCCGUUUUAGACACAAUUAAGCGCCGGAGCUUGAGGUGCUGCAGCUUUUGCGCGUUACGAGGAGUAUUCCCUCAGCAAAACACAUCGACCGUGAGAGCGAGUGAAGACAGACACGGAGAGGGAGGAGGGAUGGACGGGGGGUGCAGUUGGUGAAACCAUUUUUGUCCUGGCGGAUAUUUUGGAUCGAGCCCUGCUGUCGGAGAGGCGCAUUGGAACGGGGGCUGCGUUUUCAUUCAUAUCCCCGCCAUCUCCAUCGGCUGGUACUGACCUUACGAUUUCCUUCUGAAGGCCUCGGGAGCCUGGAUCUUUACAUUGAGAGGAAUUGGAAAACACACAUCCCACGGCCAGUCCUUCAUCGCGCAGAGCUGAAAUUGUGUUAGCCGCUCAGCUAGUGUUCGUGUCUCUUCUGCUUUUUUCAAGACAUGGAGGCUGAAGAUGCGGAUUACUAUCAUUCAAGUGAAUUUCAUGGCUCGGUGUUUUUAACGGCCCUGAACAAAUCCUUGUUUUGUUGGCAAGAAUAACGAAAUGCUUUGGAUAAUUUGUGGAAAUUCAGUUUAGAAAAGAAAAUCUUUGUUUUUGUGACAGACCUCGUUUUCCCCCCACUGCUUUGGGGACGCAUUUGACCAAGAGUGACUGCCUUUUACACAUCUAACACUGUGAGAUUAUUACUUUGAAGACUUUGGACAAGUAAUACUUCCUACACAUUUUGUGGGGACAACCUAUUUUAAAACAACCUUUACUAUUACUUGGAAGGAUAUUAUUUCAUCAGGAAUGAAAUCUGGAACAGAACGGGAUAAAUUGACCUUAUUUUUGGGUCUCGUACUAUCUGUUUCUACGAUCUGCAUGUGGUCCGCCAGUGGAGAAAUCUGUGGGCUGAACGUGGACAUCCGCAAUGACAUCAGCGAGUUCACCCGUCUGCUGGAGAACUGCACGGUGGUGGAGGGCUACCUGCAGAUCCUCCUGAUCGGCGACAAGACCAACCAGCGCAACGCCGAGCUCUUCCGCUCGCUCAGCUUCCCCAAGCUCACCGUCAUCACCGACUACCUGCUGCUCUUCCGCGUGUCGGGGCUGGACAGCCUGUCCACCCUGUUCCCCAACCUGAGCGUCAUCCGUGGCCGCAACCUCUUCUACAACUACGCGCUGGUGAUCUUCGAGAUGACGAGCCUCAAGGACAUCGGCCUGUACAACCUGCGCAACAUCACGCGCGGCGCCGUGCGGAUCGAGAAGAACCCCGAGCUCUGCUACCUGAAGUCGGUGGACUGGUCGCUGGUCAUGGACGCCGAGUUCAACAACUUCAUCAAGUUCAACAAGCAGCGGGACGAGUGCGGCGACGUGUGUCCCGGCGUCAUGGACGGCCGGCCCGAGUGCAUCAAGAGCAGCUUCGAAGGCAGCUACAGCCCACGCUGCUGGACCGCCAACCACUGUCAGAAAGUGUGCCCGGCUGUGUGUGGGCGCGCGUGUACGGAGUCGGGCGCGUGCUGCCACCCCCAGUGUCUGGGCGGCUGCAGCGUGGCGGCGAACGACCGGGCGUGUGCGGCGUGCCUGAACUACGAGCACGAGGGCCGCUGCGUGGCCGACUGCCCUGCCGGCAGCUUCCGCUUCGAGGGCUGGCGCUGCAUCAGCCAGGAGAUGUGCGCCGGCGUGCACCUCGCCAGCGAACCCGAGUCCGAGCGCUUCGUCAUACACGCCGGGGAGUGCAUGCACGAGUGCCCGCCGGGCUACAUGCGCAACGAGAGCCAGAGCAUGUUCUGUGUGAAGUGUGUGGGCCUGUGCGAUAAGGAGUGUGAGUCCAAGGUGAUUGACUCGGUGGACGCGGCGCAGCAUCUGCAGGGCUGCACUGUCAUCAAGGGGAACCUCCAGAUCAACAUACGCAGAGGCAAGAACAUCGUGUCGGAGCUGGAGAGCUUCAUGGGUCUGAUCCAGACGGUGACGGGCUACGUCAGGAUCCGCUACUCCCCCACGCUCAACUCCUUCUCCUUCCUCAAGAGCCUCAGAUACAUCAAUGGAGAGGAGCUGUAUGAGGGCAUGUACGCCUUCUCGGCGGUGUACAACCAGAACCUGCAGGCCUUGUGGGAUUGGAGUCAGCACAACCUGACCAUCCGCGAGGGCCGCCUCUUCUUCCGCCACAACCCCAAGCUGUGUGAGCAGGAGAUCUUCACCAUGUGGGAGAAGACCGGCGUGCAGGGCAAGCCAGAGCAGGCGGACAUCAGGAACAACGGGGAGAGGGGCAGCUGUCAAGCGCACAUGCUGAAGUUCAAGUCCAACAGCACUCAGAGCAACCGCAUCAAGCUGACGUGGGAGCGCUACCGACCGCAUGACUACAGGGAUCUCAUCAGCUUCAUAGUCUACUACAAGGAAGCGCCGUUCCAGAACAUAACAGAGUUUGACGGUCAGGACGGCUGCGGCUCCAACAGCUGGAACAUGGUGGACGUGGACCUGCCGCAGCACAAGGAGGCCGACCCGGGGGUGCUGCUGUCGCCCCUCAAGCCCUGGACGCAGUACGCCAUCUUCGUCAAGGCCGUGCUGAUCAUGAUGGAGGACAGGCAGUCGCUGGAGGCCAAGAGCGAGGUGGUAUACAUCAGGACAAGUCCCUCAGAGCCGUCUAUGCCGCGUGAUGCGCGUGCGUAUGCCAACUCCUCCACGUCCCUGGUAGUGAAGUGGUCCCCCCCACUGAGGCCCAAUGGCAACCAGACCUUCUACCUGAUCCGCUGGCAACAGCAGGCCGAGGACCGCGAGCUCUACCAGCACAACUACUGCUCCAAAGAGCUGAAGACGCCGUUCCGCAUCUCGGCCACCACGGUGACGGAGGAGGACGACGCCAAGCCCCCCAAGCCGGAGGCGGGCGACGGGACGGAGAAGGGCGGCUGCUGCCCCUGCCCCAAGACCAAGGAGGACCUGGAGGCCGAGAUCGAGGACCGAGACUACCGCAAGGUCUUCGAGAACUUCCUGCACAACGCCAUCUUCGUGCCCAGGCCUCAGGAUCGUAGGAAGCGGGACGUGUUCGGCGUAGCCAAUGGGACGCUGGCGCGUGGCGGCCGGGGUCUGAACGGCUCCGUUUUCGAGGGCAAUGGGACUGAGCGCGGGGAGGUGGGGCAGAAGGAGUACCCCUUCAAGGAGGCGCGCGUCUACUCGGAGAUGAUGGAGAUCCCCGACCUCAAGCCCUUCACCGUCUACCGGAUAGACAUCCACGCCUGCAACCAUGAGGUCCUCCGCUGUAGUGCUGCCACCUUCGUCUUCUCAAGAACAAGGCCUGCAGAGCGUGUGGAUGACAUCCCGGGGCCGGUGCUGAGGGAGCGAGAGGAGGGGUCAGAGGGGAGCAUGCUGCUACGCUGGCCAGAGCCACGCAACCCCAACGGACUCAUACUCAUGUACGAGAUCAAAUACGGACUAGUCAAUGAGCCGGAGAAGUUGGAGUGUGUGUCUCGUCAGCAGUAUAUCAUUCUGAAGGGGGCACGCCUGACUAACCUGGGCCCGGGAAACUACUCCGCCUGGGUCAAGCCCACCUCCCUCGCAGGCAACGGCUCCUGGACCAUGCCCAUAUACUUCUAUAUCCCCCAACCUACAGCCGACUAUAACAGCGCCCUCUACCUGUUCAUCUCCAUCCCUCUGGUCGUCGUGGCGAUCAUCAUGUGCGUCAUCGCUGCCCUGGUCUAUGUCAAUAGGAAGAGGAACGCAGACAGACUGGGCAACGGGGUGCUGUACGCCUCUGUCAACCCAGAGUACUUCAGUGCUGCAGACAUGUAUGUACCUGAUGAGUGGGAGGUGGCUCGUGAGAAGAUCACCAUGUGCAGAGAGCUGGGGCAGGGCAGCUUCGGCAUGGUGUACGAGGGCAUCGCCAAGGGCGUGGUGAAGGACGAGCCCGAGACCCGGGUGGCCAUCAAGACCGUCAACGAGUCGGCCAGCAUGCGAGACCGCAUCGAGUUCCUCAACGAAGCCUCCGUCAUGAAGGAGUUCAACUGCCACCAUGUGGUGCGUCUUUUGGGCGUGGUCUCUCAGGGCCAGCCCACCCUGGUGAUCAUGGAGCUGAUGACGAGAGGAGACCUCAAGAGCCACCUGAGAUCACUACGCUCCAAAGAGGGCGGCGGGUCGUGCAGUAGCGUGCUGCCCCCCCUGAAGAAGAUGACCCAGAUGACGGGGGAGAUCGCGGACGGCAUGGCCUACCUCAACGCCAACAAGUUCGUACACAGAGACCUGGCCGCCAGGAACUGCAUGGUGGCAGAGGACUUCACCGUCAAGAUAGGAGACUUUGGCAUGACGCGUGACAUCUAUGAGACGGACUACUACCGCAAGGGGGGCAAGGGCCUGCUGCCGGUCAGGUGGAUGUCACCAGAGUCCCUCAAGGACGGAGUCUUCACCACCAUGUCAGACGUCUGGUCGUUUGGCGUGGUGCUGUGGGAGAUUGCCACCCUGGCGGAGCAGCCGUAUCAGGGCAUGUCCAACGAGCAGGUGCUGCGCUUCGUCAUGGAGGGAGGCCUGCUGGACAAGCCGGACAACUGCCCCGACAUGCUGUUUGAGCUGAUGCGCAUGUGCUGGCAGUACAACCCCAAGAUGCGUCCCUCCUUCCUGGAGAUCAUCAGCAGCAUCAAGGAGGAGCUGGAGGGCCAGUUCCGGGAGGUCAGCUUCUUCUACAGCGAGGAGAACAAGCCACCCGACACCGAGGAGCUGGACUUCCACAACGUGGAGGGCAUGGAGAACGUGCCCCUGGACGCGGUCAACAGCCGACAGCCCGGUGCUCCCAUGACGACCACCACCACCACCACUGCCACCACGCAGACGCAGGUGGCCGUUACCAUGGGAACCCCCGUUUCCGGGUCGGGGUCGGGGUCGUCGUCGCCACCUCAGCCCCUCCACGCGGUCCCCCACCAGGGGACGGGCACGCCGCUCGGGCCCUCGUCGCCCACUAUGCCGGUCCCGUCGUCGGCCUCUUCGGCCUUGGGUUCGGCCGCCGCUGCUGCUGGUGGGGUUGGGGUGCCGCCCUGCUCACCGAGCGCCCUGUCGCCCGCCCCUGCCCCCACGCUGGCGGCCGCGUCGCUGGGACUGGACAAGCACUCGGGGCCUGGAGGGGUGGCGGCCAACGGGCCCGUGGUGGUCCUGGGGCCGGCCUUCGACGAGACGCAACCGUACGCGCACAUGAACGGGGGGCGCAAAAACGAGCGGACUCUUCCCCUCCCUCAGUCCUCGGCCUGCUGAUCCCUACCACCCCCCCACCCCCACUGGAAACCACACCUCUCACACACACAGGGUAUCCCCAACAUACACCCCCCCCCCUCCUUUUUUUGCUCCACUCCCCUCAUCCUGACUUACGCCAGUGUGGUUCUUCUCGGAUAAGACUUUGAGCUCUUAUGAGCCCUUUUCUUCUUUUCAUUCAUAGGACUCCAACUCUUGGCUGGUGGGGAGGAUGACGAUUAAAAAUUUUAUCUAUGGACUUGUGUGCCACUGUGUUUACUACAGUGAAGCUCACUCUUUUUUCUUCUUCUUCUUCUUUUCUCUCUGUCUCUGGCGCGAUCGCGUAACCAUUGUGGAGGAAGUCAAAAUGUCUAAAAGAAAAAACCUUUUAUUUUGUAUCGUCUCUGGUCUAGCAUAUCUGUCAGCAUGUCCGACCCAAAAGCACUUUUCUUAAAAAAACAAAACAAAACAAAACAACAACAAAAAAAGAAGUGUGUCUUUCUUCACACUUGUUUGCGCUCUCUCCACAGUGAGAUGUUUGUAUGUGUGUGUGUGUGUGUGUGUGUGUGUGUGUGUGUGUGUGUGUGUGUGUGUGUGUGCGCGUGCGUGCGUGUGCGUGUGGGACUUCCUAGGAUUCAUGUCACGUUACGCAGGAUGUCGAUGUUCCAUGACACUAGUUGGAAGGUUGUCUGCUUUGUCGUUCGCUAUGGACCCACCAUAAAACCACACCCACAGGCCCCCGAAGCCAGUUUCGCCCAUCACCCUGCCCAGGCUACUGAAGGGUAGCUUGACGAGAGGAGAGGAGAGGAGAGGAGAGGAGAGGAGAGGAGAGGAGAGGACGUCGGUGGGUGUUGGGUGGCUGGUGGCUGGUCGGAGGCUUGGAGCUUCUGGGUUUUUGAAACUGCCAAAAGAUUUUGCCAAAAUCUCCAAAGGAGCUUUCGUACAUUACAUACGCGGACGGUUCAUUGAGUUUUUUUCAAUUCCCCCCUUUCUAUUCUAUUCUAUUCUAUUAUAUUCAUGUUAUUAUAUCUCUUAAGUUGGACACCUGGACCUCGGGAGCAGAGGGAACAGCAAAACUGCAACUGAACUUUUUACACUGGCUCGUGUUAUUACAUGGUACCUACAUGGGGAUCUUUGCAAGACAACGGAUCUUGAGGAUAUUGUCUUUUCUUGUUUUUGUGUUUAUUUUUUUUAAUGUAAUUUUCAGAGUCCCACCCCCCGCCCCUCACCUCGCCCCCCCAGCGUAGAUCAGAGGCAUGGCAUUGCGGUCUCAACUGCACCCCCUCCCCCCAGCUGCAGUGAAGCAGGAUACAUCCGUUACAUUCAAGAUCUCACCCACACACACACACACACACACACACACACACACACAGACAAAAUACAACAAAACUAAACAAAAGACGGACAUGGCACCAAAAAUUAACACACACUCACACACACACACACACACAUACACACAUACACACACACACACACACACACACAUACACACAUACACACACACACACAAAGGAAACAAGUGAAGAUGUGUUCACACUAAGCAAGCCAAAAAUAAGAAUCAGAAGGGAUUGGCUUGCACCGUAUAGUCCACAGAGGACUCACACAGUAUGACAAGCCUCUCUGAUUGCGUGUGUGUGUGUGUGUGUGUGUGUGUGUGUGUGUGUGUGUGUGUGUGUGUGUGUGUGUGUGUGUGUGUGUGUGUGUGUGCGCGUGCGCGUGCGCGUGCAUGCGUGCGUCUUCAGGCAUGAGAGGGGUUCUGUGCAGAAGAUAUUUUAGACUAGACAGUAAUCUCUAAAAACAAUUCAAAUGUUUAUAUGGUAAAGGUUUUACAGUUAUAUGUUCAACCUCCAAAUGACAAACAGGCAAACUUUCACACACACACACACACACACACACACACACACACACACACACACACACACACACACACACACACACACACACACACACACACACACACACACACACACACACACACACACACACACACAUUUUUGGUUUGUCACUUUUAUAACUUUUUUAUGGUUCAGAUGUCCACCUCUAUGUCUGUACAGAAACAAGCUGCUAUUUUAUUGUUUUUUGGAUGUUAUAUAUCAGUGUGUGUGUGUGUGUGUGUGUGUGUGUGUGUGUGUGUGUGUGUGUGUGUGUGUGUGUGUGUGUGUGUGUGUGUGUGU